AUGAGAACUGAUGGCUAUGGAUACCGUGCUCCGCAUGCCAUGGAUGGACUUACCGCUCCUCUCAGCUUCCUCUUUUCGGAGAAAGAUGCGCUCGAGUCUGAGCGGGUCUGGAAGGCGGCCUUGGAAGAGGACUAUGACACGCCUGACUCUGAUGCUGUGUCCUCCCUCUGGGCCGAGAACCUGAUCUGGUACGGGCCGGGUGGUGUUGGCACAGCCUCCUCACGCGAGGAGUACCGGAAGAAUUGGCUGGCGCCUCUCCGUACUGCCUUCUUGAACCUCACACGUGAGACGGACUUGGUGAUCUGCGAAGGUCCUUUCUGUGGGGCGCAUUUCUACCUCUGGGGGCAUCACGCAGGCACCUGGCUGGGUGAGCAGGCUACGGGACGGCGCGUGCCCAUCCGCUGUGGUGCGCAUGCGCAUGUGGUGGGGGGCCGAAUCAUCGAGGGUUGGAUGAUCGUCGACAUCCCGCGGGCCUUUGAGGCAAUGGGAGUGGACUUCUACGGCCGCGCUAGGCGCAUCGCGCUUGCGCGGCGCGAGGCUUGA